GCAACAGUUGCCCCGGUGAAGGCAAAGGCGCCAUAGUCACGGUAGUCCUGGCGACAAGAGCCAAGCAACGGGAGUCAACAACAACAACCUAAAUCUAAAGGAAAAAAAACUUUAACGACAAAAAGGACAAUACUGGGAUAAACUAGAGCCAUAGAACCAGUUGCCUCAAAGGAUCGGUUGCCAUGGCAACUUCUGGGUACUCGGAAGACCUUCAGCCUCAGCAGGCCAACUCGGUAGCCAUAGCAACACCUGCUGCCGCCACACCCUCAACCGCAAAGACGGCACACUUCCUGUCUGAGAUCCCCCCAACCUCUGGAACCGCUGCAACAGCCAACCAAUCCGCCACUGCCUCAAAAACAGGACAGGACGCACUUUGUUCUCAAGCGCCGCCCACCCAGGCCCAGAGCCUGAAGGCAGUGGUUCUGACCACUCCCACGCAGCACUAUGUAACCUCUGACAUCCAGCACUCUGCAGUCCAGAAGAAUAAUGGUCAGAGCGGCUCGCCUCAGUACAUCAUAGUUACUGUUGCAGAGGGUUCUGUUCACUCCAAUGACAGUCUGUCGGACUCCAGUCCACCGGGCCCCGGCGUUCCUACUCAGGUUUGCCAACCUGUGCAGACCACAACACAGCAGAGGUCAGUGUUGCAGGCGGUCACUCAGGCAGCCAAGAGAAUUCAGUCAGGCCACGGCAACAAUCUUCAGUCUGUGCACAUUAACCAGGAGGUGGAUCAUGUGUUCUCUGGACAGGUGCAGUAUGUGGACGGAGCAGGAGAUGCAACCUUCAACACAUCCACUGUUCGAUCGAGCAACUACCCUUUCGCCGAGUCGCCCCUCUUCUCCCAGACCCCUCCCACCACCUCCUCCACCUACUACGAGGCUACGCCCAGCACUGAGUCAGACAUCACCGGAGCUGUGACCUCGCAGCCAGUGUCUGUGGCAACAGGAGGAGCCAAUAGCGGGGCAGCUGGUGCCGGUGGAGCAGGCUACAUCAUUCAGGGGGGUUAUAUGUUAGGAGGAGGAGGAGGACAUAGUUACACUAGCCCUAACUCUCGAGCCCCUCCUGCUACUGUGCAGUGGCUGUGUGAUAACUAUGAGGGGGCGGAGGGGGUGAGUUUACCUCGCUGCACCCUCUACUACCACUACCUGCUCCACUGCCAGGAGCAGAAACUAGAACCCGUUAAUGCUGCGUCGUUUGGCAAACUCAUCAGGUCUGUCUUCAUGGGGCUGCGCACACGAAGACUCGGGACCAGAGGGAACUCCAAGUACCACUACUAUGGUUUGAGGAUUAAAUCUGGUUCACCGCUGCUCAGACUCAUGGAUGAGCAACAGCACAUGGCGAUGAGGCAGCAGCCUUUCUCACAGAAAAACAGGAUAAAGACAGUUCAGAAGACACAGGGAAUCGCCAAUGGUACAUCAGGUGGGGCAGGUCAACAGCAGGCAGGAGCAGUCUGUGAUAUUUCAGCCCAAGUGCAACAGUAUCAGCAGUUUCUGGAGGCGUCAAGGUCACUGCCAGGCUUUGUGGACAUUGAUCUGCAAGAUCGAACGCUGCCUGACGGAAUCCUUGUAGAACACCUCAAGGCCUUCCAGAGUCUCUACAGAGAACAUUGUGAGGCCGUUAUGGAUGUGAUGGUCAACCUUCAGUUCACUCUUGUAGAGACACUGUGGAAAUCCUUCUGGAGGUUCAGCCAGAGCAAUGACACGGAAUCAAUCAACCUGCACAAUGAGUCAGAGAAGAGGCUGCCCAAGUCAUGCCUGGUGGUGCUGUGUAAGUUUGAGCCGGUGUUACGCUGGACGAGACAGUGUGACAACCUGCUGUACCAAACUCUGGUGGAGAUCCUCAUCCCUGAUGUACUCAGACCGAUCCCCAGUGCCUUGACUCAGGCCAUUCGAAACUUUGCCAAGAGUCUGGAGAAUUGGUUGGCGGGUGCCAUGAUGAACAUCCCAGAGGAGAUGGUCCGCAUUAAGGUGGUAUGUGUAAGUUCCUUCUCUCAAACAUUGCGGCGCUACACCAGCCUGAACCACCUGGCCCAGGCUGCCCGUGCUGUCCUCCAGAACUCAGCGCAAAUCAGCCAGAUGUUUUCUGACCUCAACCGAGUGGAUUUCACAAACGUACAGGAGCAGGCCUCCUGGGUGUGCCAGUGUGAAGACAGUGUGGUCCAAAGGCUGGAGCAAGACUUUAAAAUGACGCUGCAGCAGCAAAACACCCUGGAGCAGUGGGCCACCUGGCUGGAUGGCGUCGUCUCCCAGGCCCUAAAGCCUUACGAGCACAAUCCCGUCACUCUUCCCAAGGCUGCCAAGGUUUUCCUGCUCAACUGGUCCUUCUAUUGUUCCAUGGUAAUCCGGGACCUGACUCUGCGCAGCGCUGCCAGUUUUGGCUCCUUUCACCUGAUCCGCUUGCUGUAUGAUGAGUACAUGUACUACCUGAUAGAGCACAGAGUGGCGCAGGCUAAAGGAGAGACGCCCAUCGCCGUCAUGGGAGAAUUUGCCAGCACUGUCAAGAGCAGGACUUCUCCAGAUCUGGAAAAAGACGAGGAGGAGGAGGACGACGACGACGAGAGCGAAGAGGAGAGCGGCGAUCUCGUGCUGCACUCCAGCUCUCUGAGCGCGGUCGACGAGGAGAAGUCGAUGGAGCCGCCCGCCAAACAGCCCAGGACGACUUUACACCUGCACACACCGUAGCGAAUCAAGGGAAGAACGAACAUGUGCCACUUCACCGCCUGCGCACCUCUGCUUUAACAUCAUAUCAUCUCAUUUCAUUGCCCCGCUUGUGUUUUGCAGACAGACGAUAUUUGAUGUCGGGUGUUUAACUGUGUGCAGUCGUGACAAAGUGGAACGAGCCCUUUAGCCAGAAUAUUUGCUGCAGUUUAUUUUUCCCCCUCUUGGCCUUCAAGUGCUCAUUUAACUGUGCCUUCUGUGUCAGUGUCCACGUCUGUCCAGCCUAAACUAAACUCUCUAUAUAGUAUAUUUUUAUUCUCAACUCCCUGCUAAACCACUGACCUGAUUGCAGUGGAGAGGCAGUUCUUCAUUGUACUCUUAACACUUGCAUUGCCUUCAAAGACAUGACUAUGCAGGGGAGCUGGACUUAAAUCUGCAUCGUGUAACCUUUUGUGAUUUUUGUUGUUGUUGUUGUUAUUUUUCUGCCUCUGUUUGGUCCAAAUUGACAGAAACAAUAGAGCAGUACUGGUUUUCCGAGUCCUUUGCCUGAAAACUGGCUCUGUCAAACCAUACUAGCAGAACGGACUUAUAGGGAGCGUUUGUAUGUGAACAGUGGCAUCGCAGGGGCGGGUGGGGACAAUCAGCUUCUGUCCCCUCCUAUUGCUGAACAACUGUGUUAUGUGAGCAGUAGAAUUCCCUUCAGAAACGUUCAGGGGCGCUUCUUUGUUUUGUCAGUCACACUCGAGCCUGUUUGCCGCUGUCUCACUUUACUGGGACAUCUUCAGACUUGAGACCAAUCACUUCCUGUGUGCAGUUUGGGAAACGCUGCUGGGACACCACUAUGAUUAGAGUGAAAUCAUGUGACGAUGGUCUGAUUGUAACAAGAGAAUUUGUUCAUAUUUAAAAGUUACAUACGUCAAAAACAUGAUCAUUUUAUAAAUCUGAGACGAUGGUUCCAGACGCGCCGUGACCUGUGUUGAACUUUGUGAUUUACAGCUAUUUGUGGAGCCAUAUUUUACUUUUACCUUCGUUUGAUGUCAUUUAUUUUUACUUUGGCCAAUCAGCUGAUCCUCUGUGCCUUUGCGAGAUUAAUAGCCUGAAAAAAAGAAAAAGCUUGUAUUCUAUAUAUUCUGUAUUGAUGGAUUAAUAAAUGAUGGUCCUGUGAAGUA